AUGGAAAGCAACGCCAUGGUGUGUAGGCGGCCCUUGGCGGAGGAAUACAAGAUCACGGUUCCCAGCAAAAGCAAGGCAGAGGAUGUCGCUCUCGCGCUUGCAAACCGUGGCCAUCGACUAAUUGCAGCCCGCGAGGCUGGCCAGUUGGGAAGAGGAUCUGAAACUAGGGGUGUGAAGGAAUCACAAAGAGUUUCCAAGCCUAAGCGCCUGUGGGACGUGUUCUCGCUGGUCAAUGGUCCAGAGCCUGACAAAGACCAUGAGUGGUGGGUGGCCAUGGAGGAGAAGGCAUUAAGAAACCUUGCGCGACAUCACGGUGGUGACCAGUUCAACAAAGAUGGCUUGUUGUAUAGAUUGGACGCGGUCACUGCUUCUACACGUCGACUAGAGACCCUGGGAUCCUGUCCAGCACGCGCCUCUGAGCGUGUGGCAAUGAAGCUCGAUGUGGAUGAGGAUCUGCCCGAUAGCCCUGGCCAGCCAAUCCGUCUGGAAGGAGUGGACGACGUCAAUUGGGCUGCCCUCGAGCAUGCCUACGGCGAGGCGACAGAUGUUCCUGAUAUGCUGCGUACGCUUGCCUCAAACAACGAUUGCUGGGACGAAGCAAACUCACAACUUUCCGGAUCGGUUACCCACCAGGAAAGCAUCUACAGCGCGACAGCCCCAGCGAUGAGGUUCCUAGCCAAGAUCGCCUCAGACCCCCAGCUUUCGGGAAAACGACGCCUUGACCUGCUUUACACCUUGUUCAUGGCCGGCUGUCAGCAAGAUCUGGCUGACUUUUGGGGCUAUGAGUUGCGCUCUGGUGGGCCUGUCGGACUGGAGGUUCGAGACGCUGUUGUGAGCCAGGUUGCUCAGCUUCUGCCCCUAUGGCCAUCGGUGUCCCGUGCCGAACAGAGACUCCUUCUUCUUCUUGCGGCAUUGGUCCCUGAGGGCGCGGCUGUUGAACCAGUGGAUUUUAGCAAUCCCGCGAGCCGACUUGCACAGGCUCUCCUUCGAGCCGUUGAAGACGCCGAAGCAGUGCUUUUUGAGCUAGCAAGAACGUAUGAGGAGCUUAUUCCAAUCACCGAGGGCGACGGCCCCCGGCGAUCUCGCAUAAUCACCGCGAUUCAUGGGGUUCUCUUCGAUUGA